GUUAAUGACACUGAUAAAAUUUGGGAUGUGCCGAAUAAAAUAUCGAUCUUUAUCAAGAUUUUUGACAGAAACGGAAAACGAUUACAUCGUCGAUAAUUAUAAAACCAAAGAGGAGAGACUGAUUUUUAUGAAAUAUAACAAACUUUCCUAUAUAUUCUUCAUGACUGCGUUCCCAACGAUGACCUUCAUAAUUCUUUUGUAUUAUUUUAAAACUGUCAUACCGAGUAUUCUCAUGGUUAUGGCGAAUUCUUCAUUGGAAUAUAAAUUACCUUAUAAAAUAAAGCCAUUAUUGAAACCAUACGAUGCAAAAAGUUAUGCAUUUGGCUGCAUAUACGAAUUUUUGCGUAUAACAAUGGUUAUUUCCGGUUAUACCGGAACUGAUUGUUUAUUGGCUUCUACCGGAUUUCAUCUUACUGGUCAAUUGGCUGUAUUGAAGUACAAAGUAAAGGAUGUUUUAAAUGAUACCGAUGGUUGUCGGCAGGGAAUUCGAAAAAUGAUUCUUCGGCAUCAUCGUUUGAUAAGAUUAGCGGAUACAUUAGAAGAUAGUUUUAACAUCGUUAUUUGUCAACAAUUGUUAGGUACAACGAUUCAAAUUUGUAUGACGAGUUACGAAGUACUUUCCAGUUUAGCGGUAUUCGAAGGAAUCGGUAUAUUAACGUUUGCAAUAUACGUUUUCAUUUUGGCGAGUACAUUGUUCACUUAUUGUUAUAUCGGUGAAUGUCUUAUUGACGAAAGCACGAGCUUGUCUGAAGCGCUUUAUCAUUGCGAUUGGUACGAGUUAUCGACAAUGGAUGUAAAAACGAUUUGCAUUUGCAUGAUUCGUGCUAAAAAACCACUGCGAUUGACUUGUGCAAAGUUUUGUGAUGUAUCUUUGCGUACUUUUACUGAUAUAAUGAAGACAUCGAUGGCGUACCUAUCAGUAUUACGAACUUUUAUGUAAAUGAAAUUGUGAAAGAAAUAGUCUUGAAUAAUUAUUACUGGAAUGUUAUUUAUGACAUCCUAAAAAAAAAUUUUGAAGAUACUGCAUAUAAUAAAAAUGCAUACAACCAUGUUAUUAAGAUAAAUAUUCAUAAGAUAAAUAGAGAACAUAUUUGUUCUUUAUAUGAAUAUAUCUGA